AACUUUUUACUGAAGCCAGACUCGAGACAUCGGGGCUUGCACCUUACUUUUUUGCACACAGAGCUCUGGAAAUCAUGCUUGCAAAGUACGAAAACAUCCGAGAUGCUGUGAAGUCUCUUAUUACCGGUUUCUGGAUCACUUUUGGCGUCUGUUCCGUAGGUGUUCACGGCCAGGAGGGUAAUGGCUGUGGACAUACAGUGCUGGGCACAGAGUCUGGCACGCUGGCCUCUCAGAACUAUCCCGGCACUUACCCCAGUAACACCUGGUGUAAGUGGAGGCUCCGUGUGCCACAGGGGCGCUCGCUUCGACUUCUGUUUGGGGAUUUUGACAUUGAGAGCAGUCCAGGCUGCGGCAAUGGCUCUCUUGUGAUCACAGACAAGAACGGAGAACCCAGUCUGGGUCCAGUGUGUGGGAAGCUUGAUGUAUCACAGAAGAAUGUGACGCUUAAAACCAAUGAAGUGACAAUAAGCUUCAAGUCAGGCCCGCACCGAUCUGGACGAGGGUUUCUACUGUCCUACGCCACAGAUCAGUAUCCAGAUCUAAUUUCUUGUUUACAACGAGGAUCUCAUUUUAGCUCGCAGCAUUUGAGUGUGUACUGCCCUGCUGGAUGUAGGAAUGUCACAGGAGAUGUUUGGGGAAACUCUGAACUGGGUUACAGAGAUACCUCGGUCCUGUGCAAGUCUGCAGUCCAUGCUGGUGCUGCAUCUGAUAGUCUGGGAGGUCAUGUCACUGUGAAUCGUGGGAGAAGUCUUACACUCUAUGAACCAUCCUUUGCAAAUGGAAUCCUUUCAAAAAUGGGUUCAUUAUCUGAAAAGAAGCUGCUCUUCAGCAAAGAAUGCAACAACAUCCUGAGUGUCUCUGGUUUAAAUGCCUCAUCUUUCUGGGAUAAAAACAACCAUCAGCACACAAUGCUCUGGUCCUCCAGAAACAUGGGUUCCAGCCGUGAGUUCCUACCCUGGACAGCCGGCAGUAAUGAUCAGGACCCGUGGGUGGAGCUGGAGCUGAGUGAUAGAAGCACUAUCACAGGGAUAAUAACAACAGGAUCCGACGAGUACUACAUAGAAUCCUACAUUCUUCUUUUCAGCAAGGACAGGAAAAAUUGGAAGCUGUACAAAGGUGCCCUCAGCAAAGAAAAAAAGGUGUUUCAGGCCUAUACCGACGGCCACCUCAGGGUUGUCAACAGCUUUUUCCCUCCUGUGGUGGCUCGGUUUGUCCGCCUACAGCCACUGAGCUGGCACGACCGAGCUUCAGCUCAGGUCCAAGUCCUCGGCUGUUCUGUCUCACCAAGGUCACGCCCAGCCACUGGCUCUCCGUCCAUCAAAGUUAACAUGGGUACGCCACGCCCGAGCCCCACUCCCACUCCCACGGAGGGCCCAGUGUUAGUGGAAACAAGACUGAGUUCUAGUCAGCCAGUAAUCGUUGCAGUGGGAGUUGUCCUAGCGCUGUUAAUGUGUGGCAGUUGUUUGUUGGCUGGAGUCUGGUGGAAGCGGAGGAAAAAAGAUUCACAAAUGAAGUACUCCUUACCCACAAUAGGCUGUCAGAGUUUCCAGGCAAAGAGUCUCCCCUGCCCACAAUCAGAGCUUAUCUCCUACCCUCUGGAGAGAAAUGCCCACGAUGCUCUACCCAGCCCUCCCCUUAAUGACUAUGCCGAGCCUGCUGUUGCAGCUAUUGGACAGAAAGUUGGGUCAACAUUUAGACCCUCCUCAGAUGAGGGCUACACCACCCCCUUCACUUUCAACCAUUAUGACACUCCUGGUAACCUGCCAGAAUACGCAGAGCCUCUUCCCCCGGAGCCUGAGUAUGCCACCCCAUUCAGUGAGCAGCUUUCUGAGUCACACGGACCUCCUAUACUCGCACCGACGGCUGGUACCAGGACAACAUCCAGCCACGCUCAGUAUGACUGCCCGUCACAUAGGAUGCUAUCCAAUGGCUACUGCACUCCCGCUCUACAUGCCAGUGGCCCACGACCAGUCAGUGUGGUCUACGCUGAGCCCAAGCCAUGUGACUCUUUAUUACGCAAGCACACAUACGAGGAGCCCAUGUGAACACAGAGAGCUCAGACAAGAAGAAUAAAAAGACUCUCCUGGGCUAAAAUGUGUGUUGAUACUAGAGGACCACUUUGGGUGAUCUCAGGUGGACACUAAGUUGGACAGUGUUGUCCAGAGUGUACUAAUUCUGACAGCUGAACGUCCAGUGAGUGAUGUACCCAAUGUUGAGAAGUCACUUUGGACCACUAUGCAUAUAUGAGGGUACACCAUUCAGUACACAAUGGUUUGAGAGCCAUAUGGAUGCAAACGUUUCCUUCCAGGAAGUAUGAAAACAUCCUGUGAAGCACAAAGAAAAAGAAGGUUCAGUCGUCGUGUCUCAGAGAUACUGUUUAUUGAUGAAAUGUUUAAUCACAAGCUGCACUUUCAGAAAACACAUACAGCAAUGUGUGUCUAUUUAACAGGUUAAUGCAAAAAAAAAGUGUAUUAAAUGUUACUUGUCCUGACAAAACAUUGUAUUCACAAUGUGUAAUUUCAAUAUGUUUUGUAAACAGAAAACAUUUAAGAAGCACUCAAUUGUACACUGUAACUAAGUGGUAAAGAUUGUUGCUAUGAUUAUGUGUAACCACUAGGUGGCUCUCUUGAGCUUUAAACAUUUAACAAUAAUGUGA